UCAUUACCUUAUCAAUCCAAACGGCAGUCACUCCUUCACGAUACAAUUUACGAGAAAGCAAACGUAUAAUCAAAAAUAAGUUUAUUUAUUCGCAAGACCCUCAUUUAACCCGCUUUAGCAUUGACCAGCAUCGGUCAAGAAGUGCUUAUAUCGAAGAAUAUCAGCCAUAAUGUUUUUCAGACCUAUUGCUAUUACUUCACUAUUCACCGCCGUCUUGUGGUUUGGCUUUGGAAGUCGAGUAGUCUUGGGAGACAUUGAGAAUGACGAUGAAGACUGCCAGAUUUACACCGAUGCGCGUUCCCCCACAGCCACUUGCAAUGGGAUUUACAAGUGCGCCGGGGGCUGCACCGGCUAUGUCACUGCCACCAAUUGUACGCGUAGUCAGCAACCAAAUGACAUGAAACCGCCAUUGACCACUGAGAAGUGCAAACUUGGAUAUGGUAAAUCGUCGGCAACCAUGGCCAUUUGCAUUAACGAAGAUGCCAGCUUUACUUGCUAUGGCCCGGCGACUGGCAAAGCUGAGUGCAAAGGUUGUGUUGAUUUGAAUCACCAGGGCCCCAGCGGUCCGGAUCCCCACUCAGUCUCUGUCUCAGGUGACAACUCAAAAGGCGGCUCCAACACCACUCCAAUCGUUGACACAAAUGGUCCAAAUGUACUUAAACAUUCAUCUGGUGCCACAAUCAGAAUCAAUAUGUUCAUCUUCUCUCUUGGUACUCUCCUAUCUGUUAUUUUCUUCUGAUGGGUAUGCUAUGGACAAUCCAGUUUUCACCUCAUACUUGUUUUGUUAUGAUUUGAUGGGUGCUUUCAAAGUGUUGUUCUUUACUUUCACAGGAAGUUUUGGAUUUUUUCUGUUCUCUUUUGAAACAUGUGAGGUGUUUUUUUUGCAUGUCACUGUAUGCAGCUUGAUUUGAUUACUUUCUUCUAGAUGUUAUUACGUAAUGGCAUCAGAGAUUUUUCUGG